AUGCACCCGCAGAUGAAGGCAGUGGAGCGCGGGAGGAACGCCGUGCUGAUGUGCCUGGCGGAGGGGGACCCCUCGCCGGAGAUUACCUGGUUCAAGGACUCCCUCCCGGUCUCCCUCGCGGACACGAGGUACUCCAUCUCGCCUCCAGGUUGGUACUUACAUGCUCAUCGCUGUCGUUUAUAA